AGUUAAAUUUUUAACGAACUCAAUUGAUGUUAAUGCACCCCUGGCAGGCAUCGCUUGUAGCCCAUCCUAGUGCAGCCCUGGCAGUAUACGUGUCGUGUCGUCGCUUUCUCAUUCGUUUUGUUAUUUUUGAGCUGAAAGUGCGAUUGUGCUUUACAUCAACAAAACAAGAAAAUGGCUCCACCACAGAGAAUGCGCGUCGCCAACGAGAAGGCCAGCAAAUAUGUGACAAUGCGUGGCAAUGUACCCAAAUCCUCGAAAACGAAAGAGGGUCAAUAUCCGGUGGGUCCCUGGCUCCUGGCUCUGUUCAUCUUUGUGGUCUGCGGCUCUGCCAUUUUCCAGAUCGUUCAGUCGAUACGCGCCGCGUAAGGAAAGGCUUCCCCUCGCAUAAGAUACACAGAGAGCAGGUGCAUCUGGAGGAAGAUAAUAGACCUUUCCGGAACCAUCACUUGCUACUACUAACACCUUCCCUAGCUAAAUAGACCCCGGCAACAUGUGCAACCAGAGGAUGACCCCAAACAACUUGGCUUUAUUUUCGUGUCUGCAAUAUGAACUCCUAUAAAACACAUACAAAAUUUAAGUCCA